AUGCUGUCUUUUGUUUCUAGCUCUGAUUAUCUGAGAUCAGCUGAAAUGACCGAAGUGAUGAUGAACACCCCAGCUAUGGAUGAGAUUGGGCUAAGCCCCCGCAAGGAUGGCCUGUCGUAUCAGAUCUUCCCUGACCCCUCAGACUUUGACCGUUACUGUAAGCUGAAAGACCGCCUGCCCUCCAUCGUGGUGGAGCCAACGGAGGGUGAUGUGGAGAGCGGUGAGCUGAGAUGGCCACCUGAAGAGUUCCUUGUGCAGGAGGAGGAGGAGGAAGAGGAGGAAGAAAACUGUGAAGAUGCAAAGAAGGACAAGGAGCAAUAAAUGGCAUCUGAGGAGAGGCAAGGGACCGCACCCUUCUGAAGGAAGAGCCACACUUCUUUGAAAGUCUUUUUAAAAAAAAAAAAAAGACAAGUUCAAUUUUGCACCUGCGAGAUCUUAGUUUUUUUGUAUUCUCUGUAUCGAGAACUGAAGCCCUCAGUGUCAGCAGACCUCCUGAGGAAGGAAGGAAGUAACGCAGAGAAAUGUUUGCUGU